CAACUCCAAGUGACGUGGCCCGGGUGACAACUCCUCGCACCUUGUACAUAGGGUUGUUACUUUUUAAGAGAAAUUUGUAUGAAUUUCUCAUUAACAAUAUCCUAAAGUGUGGUGUUGAUAAUGCGAUUGUAUUAUUGAACAGUGUCACUUACCAUUAUUUUCUUGUGCGAAAAUAAUUAGCAUCAUGACAACGUACGAAGAUUUCAUUCAACAAAACGAAGAUCGUGACGGUGUGCGUUUCACGUGGAAUGUUUGGCCGUCAUCACGUGUCGACGCCACCAGACUGGUUGUACCUUUGGGUACCUUGUAUCAACCUAUCAAAGAACGAACGGACUUGCCGCCGAUCCAAUAUGAUCCAGUUUUGUGUACACGGUCCACCUGCAGAGCUAUUUUAAAUCCGUUGUGUCAAGUAGACUAUCGCGCUAAGCUGUGGGUCUGCAACUUCUGCUUCCAACGAAAUCCAUUUCCACCACAAUAUGCUGCGAUCUCGGAACAGCAUCAACCAGCGGAACUCAUUCCAAUGUUCUCGACAAUUGAAUAUUCAAUAAUGCGUGCUCAAUGUUUACCACCGAUAUUCCUACUUGUUGUGGAUACCUGUUUGGACGAUGAGGAACUGGGAGCGCUGAAGGAUUCAUUGCAAAUGUCAUUAUCUCUGCUUCCGCCGAAUGCCCUCAUCGGCCUCAUCACAUUCGGGAGAAUGGUUCAGGUUCAUGAAUUAGGAUGCGACGGUUGUAGUAAAAGUUAUGUGUUCCGCGGCACGAAGGAUAUUCAACCAAAACAAAUUCAGGACAUGCUAGGUAUUGGCAGGCCGGUUCCUGGACAGAAUCCAAACCAACCAAGGGGACCUGGCGCGCAACCGUUGCCACCUGCUAAUCGCUUCCUACAACCAGUGCACAAGUGCGACAUGAGUUUGACGGAUCUUUUAGGAGAAUUGCAGCGCGAUCCAUGGCCUGUCGGGCCGGGAAAACGCCCGUUGCGGUCCACGGGGGUCGCAUUGGCGGUCGCUACAGGUCUGUUGGAGGCCAGUUACGCGAACACUGGUGCCAGGAUCAUGUUGUUCGUCGGUGGGCCGUCCUCUCAGGGACCCGGUCAAGUCGUGACUGACGAUCUGCGCCAGCCGAUCAGGUCGCACCACGACAUCCAGAAGGACAAUGCCAAGCACAUGAAGAAGGCAACCAAGCACUACGACGCGCUCGCAUCGCGCGCCGCAACGAACGGCCAUAUAAUAGACAUUUACUCUUGCGCCCUCGACCAAACCGGCUUACUGGAGAUGCGCCAGUGCUGCAACUCCACCGGCGGCCACAUGGUGAUGGGAGAUUCAUUCAACUCGUCCUUGUUCAAGCAAACGUUCCAACGCGUGUUCGCCAAGGACGCCAAGGGCGACCUGAAAAUGGCGUUCAACGCUACGUUGGAGGUGAAAACGUCUCGAGAGAUCAAGGUCUCGGGCGCGAUCGGGCCUUGCGUGUCACUGGGAGUGAAGGGAUCAAGCGUCGGGGAACAGGAGGUGGGUUUGGGUAAUACUUGCCAGUGGAAAUUCUGUUCACUGACACCGUCCACGACGACGGCGCUGUUCUUCGAGGUGGUGAACCAGCAUACCGCGCCUAUACCGCAAGGCGGAAGAGGCUGCAUACAGUUCAUCACUCAGUACCAGCACAGCAGCGGACAGAGGAGAAUCAGAGUCACCACUGUCGCGAGGAAUUGGGCAGACGUGUCAUCUUCCUUGCACCACGUGAGUGCGGGAUUUGACCAGGAAGCAGCGGCCGUCCUCAUGUCGCGCCUAGCUGUGUUUAAAGCGGAGAGCGAUGACAGCCCGGAUGUUUUACGAUGGGUCGAUCGCAUGCUGAUUAGACUGUGCCAGAAAUUCGGAGAGUACGCGAAGGACGAUCCAAAUAGCUUCAGGCUAGCGGAGAACUUCUCGUUGUAUCCACAAUUCAUGUAUCACUUGCGUAGAUCACAGUUCUUGCAGGUGUUUAAUAAUUCGCCCGACGAAACUAGCUUCUACAGACAUAUGCUUAUGCGCGAGGACUUGACGAAUUCUUUGAUCAUGGUCCAACCGAUCUUGUACAGUUAUGGAUUUAACGGCCCUCCGGAGCCUGUAUUGUUAGACACUUCAUCUAUCCAACCUGAAAGAAUCCUAUUGAUGGACACAUUCUUCCAGAUCCUCAUAUUCCACGGCGAGACCAUUGCGCAGUGGCGGCAACUGAAGUAUCAAGAUCUCUCGGAAUAUGAAAACUUCCGGCAACUGUUAGCUGCACCUGUCGAUGACGCAGCUGAGAUAUUAGGCGGCAGAUUCCCUGCGCCUCGGUACAUCGAUACGGAACAAGGUGGCUCUCAAGCUAGAUUCUUGCUAAGUAAAGUCAACCCAAGCCAGACUCACAAUAAUAUGUAUGCUUAUGGUGCGGGGAUGCCGAUACCUAAUGGGGAAAGUGGAGCACCUGUUCUGACGGAUGAUGUCAGUUUACAAGUAUUCAUGGAACAUUUGAAGAAAUUAGCUGUAUCAUCUACAGCUUAGAUUUUUAUAUAUAUAUAUUACCUACAAUUGAAAAUUAAUAAAUAUAUAUUAAUAUUAUAAGAUUUCUAAGAAUAUGUUAUAGUAAAUGUAUUCGUUUAUCAUAUAUGAACAAUUUAUAUCUAGAAACAAGGAAUUGGGAGGAAAGGAACAUACGAUUAUUACUGAUUAUAUACUUUCACACUCUAACGCUACGGAUCCAUUAAAUUCAAUUGUAAAUGCGAUGUGGAUAUCGAAUGUACAGGAAUGAAAAUUUUUUUAACUAUUAAAUUAAUGGUUUAUACUUGCGCGACACAAAA